CCUUGACUUACAUGUAACCGUAAAAGACAUUAGUUAGCCAUUUUUAACUCCUGCUUGCUUUGCAGAACAAAGCGAAUAUAUAUGAGGCGUGGACAAGCACUGGAGCCAGUUGAGAAGACAGCCAAGUUCGUGAGAGAUUUGGUGAGUUUCUUUAAACGUUAAUGCUUGAAUUAAUGAUGACGAUUGAUGUAUGUAUAUUGUUUAUGAACUAAGAAUUACCAAACGUUUUACAGCUUUUAAAUUUCAACAUUACUAUUAUAACUUAAAAUAUUGUUAGUUCAUGUUAGCUAAUGCAUUUAUUCUGGUUAAUGAACGAUUUCUUAUUGUAAUAUACAUAAAGUAAUAUUUUAUUUUCUUUUUGUAAUUGUACAAUUUUGUAUAUUACAGGGCUGCUGGAAAAACAUCGUUACCUGUGGGAAGGUAGAAAGUAAACCGCCACCAUGAGUACGGACGCUGAGAUGGCCGUUUAUGGCAAGGCUGCCAUUUACCUCCGUAAGCCUGAGAAGGAGAGAAUUGAAGCUCAGAACAAACCCUUUGAUGCUAAGACUGCCUGCUAUGUGGUUGAUGACAAGGAGCUGUACGUCAAAGGAACAAUCAAGAGUAAAGAUGGUGCCAAAGUCACUGUUAUUACCCUUGACACUAAGGAGGAGAGAGUUGUUAAGGAGGAUGAUGUCCACCCAAUGAAUCCUCCCAAGUUUGACAAGAUUGAGGACAUGGCCAUGAUGACCCAUCUCAAUGAACCCUCUGUGCUUUAUAACCUCAAAGAGCGUUAUGCAGCAUGGAUGAUCUAUACCUACUCUGGACUUUUCUGUGCCACUGUGAACCCCUACAAGUGGCUCCCAGUGUACGAUGCAGAAGUGGUGGCGGCUUACAGAGGCAAAAAGCGUAUGGAGGCCCCACCCCACAUCUUCUCUGUCUCUGACAAUGCCUAUCAGUUCAUGCUUACUGACAGAGAGAACCAGUCUGUCCUGAUCACUGGAGAAUCUGGUGCUGGAAAGACUGUGAACACCAAACGUGUCAUUCAGUACUUUGCUACAGUUGCAGUGCAGGGUGACAAGAAGAAAGAUUCCAGCAAAAUGCAGGGAUCUCUUGAGGACCAGAUCAUUGCUGCCAACCCUUUGCUUGAAGCUUAUGGUAAUGCCAAGACUGUGAGAAAUGACAACUCCUCUCGUUUCGGUAAAUUCAUCAGAAUUCACUUUGGCACAAGUGGGAAACUUGCUAGUGCUGAUAUUGAGACAUAUCUGCUGGAGAAGUCUAGAGUGACAUUCCAGCUUUCAGAUGAGAGAGGCUACCACAUCUUCUAUCAGAUGAUGACCAACCAUAAGCCUGAGCUGAUUGAAAUGACGCUCAUCACCACCAACCCCUACGACUUCCCCAUGUGCAGUAUGGGUCAGAUCACAGUGGCAAGCAUUGAUGAUAAAGAGGAGUUGGUUGCUACUGAUACUGCUAUUGACAUUUUGGGCUUCAGUAAUGAGGAAAAAAUGAGCAUCUAUAAGUUCACUGGAGCAGUGCUGCAUCAUGGUAACAUGAAGUUCAAGCAGAAGCAGCGUGAGGAGCAGGCUGAGCCUGAUGGCACAGAGGACGCUGACAAAGUUGCGUACCUUUUGGGCUUGAACUCUGCUGAUAUGCUCAAAGCUUUGUGCUACCCAAGAGUGAAGGUCGGAAAUGAGUUUGUAACCAAAGGUCAGACUGUGCCACAGGUGUACAACUCUGUUAGUGCCUUGGCCAAAUCUAUCUAUGAGAGGAUGUUCUUGUGGAUGGUCGUACGUAUCAACCAGAUGUUGGACACAAAACAAGCCAGACAGUUCUUCAUUGGUGUGCUGGAUAUUGCUGGCUUUGAGAUCUUUGAUUUCAACAGCAUGGAGCAGUUGUGCAUCAACUUCACCAAUGAGAAACUGCAACAGUUCUUCAACCAUCACAUGUUUGUGCUGGAACAAGAGGAGUACAAGAAGGAGGGCAUUGUUUGGGAGUUCAUUGACUUCGGCAUGGACUUGGCUGCCUGCAUUGAGCUCAUUGAGAAGCCCAUGGGUAUCUUCUCCAUCCUUGAAGAGGAGUGCAUGUUCCCUAAGGCUUCAGACACCACCUUCAAGAACAAGCUGUAUGAUCAGCACCUUGGCAAGUGCAAUGCUUUCCAGAAACCAAAGCCUGCCAAAGGCAAGGCUGAGGCCCACUUCUCCCUGGUUCACUAUGCUGGCACUGUGGACUACAACAUUUCUGGCUGGUUGGACAAGAACAAGGAUCCACUGAAUGAGUCCGUUUUGCAGCUGUACCAGAAAUCUUCUGUCAAACUCCUGGCUACUCUCUACCCACCUGUUGUUGAGGAAACUGGUGGUGCCAAGAAGGGAGGUAAGAAGAAGGGUGGUUCCAUGCAGACCGUGUCUUCUCAGUUCAGGGAGAAUUUGGGCAAGCUCAUGACCAACUUGAGGAGCACCCAUCCUCACUUUGUGCGUUGCCUGAUUCCCAAUGAGUCCAAGACUCCAGGUCUUAUGGAGAACCACCUGGUCAUCCACCAGCUGAGGUGUAACGGUGUACUGGAAGGUAUCAGAAUCUGCAGAAAGGGCUUCCCAAGCAGAAUCCUCUAUGGUGACUUCAAACAGAGAUACAAGGUGCUGAAUGCCAGUGUUAUCCCUGAGGGACAGUUUAUGGACAACAAGAAGGCCUCUGAGAAACUCCUGGGAUCCAUCGAUGUUGACCAUGACCAGUAUAGAUUUGGACACACAAAGGUGUUUUUCAAAGCUGGUCUUCUGGGUACUCUUGAAGAGAUGCGUGAUGAGAAACUGGCUGCUUUGGUCACAAUGACUCAGGCUGCAUGCCGUGGUUUCCUCAUGAGGAGAGAGUUUGUGAAGAUGAUGGAGAGGAGGGAGUCCAUUUACACCAUUCAAUACAACAUUCGCUCCUUCAUGAAUGUCAAACACUGGCCAUGGAUGAAGGUUUACUACAAGAUUAAGCCUCUGCUGAAGAGUGCUGAGACUGAGAAGGAGCUUUCAAACAUGAAAGAGGACUAUGCAAAAUGCAAAGAAGAUCUUGCCAAGGCUGAGGCCAAAAAGAAGGAGCUUGAAGAGAAGAUGGUUGCCCUGCUGCAAGAGAAAAAUGAUCUGCAGCUGCAAGUGGCCUCUGAAUCUGAGAAUCUCUCAGAUGCUGAGGAGAGAUGUGAAGGUCUGAUCAAGAGCAAAAUCCAACUCGAAGCUAAACUCAAAGAGGCAACUGAGAGACUGGAGGAUGAGGAAGAAAUCAAUGCUGAACUCACAGCCAAGAAGAGGAAACUGGAGGAUGAGUGUUCUGAGCUGAAGAAAGACAUUGAUGACCUGGAGCUCACCUUGGCUAAAGUGGAAAAAGAGAAACAUGCCACUGAGAAUAAGGUGAAGAACCUGACUGAGGAAAUGGCAACUCAGGAUGAGAGCAUUGCCAAGCUCACAAAGGAGAAGAAAGCCCUCCAAGAGGCACAUCAGCAAACUCUGGAUGACCUCCAGGCAGAAGAAGACAAAGUCAACACUCUGACCAAAGCCAAGACAAAGCUUGAGCAACAAGUUGAUGAUCUUGAGGGUUCCCUGGAACAAGAGAAGAAACUCCGUAUGGACCUUGAGAGAGCCAAGAGAAAGCUUGAAGGAGACCUGAAAUUGGCCCAGGAGUCCAUCAUGGACCUGGAGAAUGACAAGCAGCAAUCUGAUGAGAAGCUGAAGAAGAAAGACUUUGAAACUAGCCAGCUGCUCAGCAAGAUCGAAGAUGAACAAUCUCUUGGUGCUCAACUUCAGAAGAAGAUCAAGGAGCUUCAGGCUCGCAUUGAGGAACUGGAGGAAGAGAUUGAGGCUGAGCGUGCUGCUCGUGCAAAGGUUGAGAAGCAGAGAGCUGAUCUUUCCAGAGAACUUGAGGAGAUCAGUGAGAGGCUUGAGGAGGCUGGAGGAGCAACUGCUGCUCAGAUUGAGAUGAACAAGAAGCGUGAAGCUGAAUUCCAGAAGCUGCGUCGUGAUCUUGAAGAAUCCACCCUUCAGCAUGAAGCUACCGCUGCUGCCCUCCGCAAGAAACAAGCAGACAGUGUGGCCGAGCUGGGAGAGCAAAUCGACAACCUCCAGCGUGUCAAGCAGAAGCUUGAGAAAGAGAAGAGUGAAUACAAAAUGGAGAUUGAUGAUCUUUCUAGCAACAUGGAAGCUGUUGCCAAAGCAAAGGCAAAUCUUGAGAAGAUGUGCCGCACCCUGGAGGACCAACUGAGUGAAAUUAAGUCCAAGAAUGAUGAGAACCUUCGCCAGCUAAAUGACCUCAGUACUCAAAGAGCAAGACUUCAAACCGAAAAUGGUGAGUUUGGCCGUCAGCUGGAGGAGAAGGAGGCUCUUGUUUCUCAGCUCACCAGAGGCAAACAAGCUUUCACUCAGCAAAUUGAGGAGCUUAAGAGGCAGAUUGAAGAGGAGGUUAAGGCUAAGAACGCUCUGGCCCAUGCAGUGCAGUCAGCUCGCCAUGACUGUGACCUCCUCCGUGAGCAGUUUGAGGAAGAGCAGGAGGCAAAGGCUGAGCUCCAGAGGGGAAUGUCUAAAGCCAACAGUGAGGUUGCUCAAUGGAGAACCAAAUAUGAAACUGAUGCCAUCCAGCGCACAGAGGAACUUGAAGAAGCCAAGAAGAAGCUGACUCAGCGUCUGCAAGAGGCAGAGGAACAGAUUGAGGCAGUGAACUCCAAAUGUGCCUCUCUAGAGAAGACCAAGCAGAGACUCCAGGGUGAGGUGGAGGACCUCAUGAUUGAUGUAGAGAGAGCCAAUGGUUUGGCUGCCAACCUUGACAAGAAACAGAGGAACUUUGACAAGAUUCUGGCAGAAUGGAAGCAGAAAUAUGAAGAAGGUCAGGCAGAGCUAGAGGGUGCACAGAAAGAAGCUCGCUCACUCAGCACUGAACUGUUCAAGAUGAAGAACUCUUAUGAGGAGACUCUGGAUCAUCUGGAGACACUCAAGAGAGAAAACAAAAAUCUCCAGCAGGAGAUCUCAGAUCUGACAGAGCAGUUGGGUGAGACUGGUAAGAGCAUCCAUGAGCUGGAAAAGGCCAAGAAAGCAGUAGAGACUGAAAAGGCUGAGAUUCAAACCGCUCUGGAGGAGGCUGAAGGCACCCUGGAGCAUGAAGAGUCCAAGAUUCUUCGUGUCCAGCUUGAGCUUAACCAGGUGAAGGGUGAGGUUGACAGGAAGCUUGCAGAGAAGGAUGAGGAGACAGAGCAGAUCAAGAGAAACAGCCAGAGAGUCAUUGAAUCCAUGCAGAGCACACUUGACUCUGAGGUCAGGAGCAGAAACGAUGCUCUGAGGAUCAAGAAGAAGAUGGAGGGAGACCUUAAUGAGAUGGAGAUUCAGCUUAGCCAUGCCAAUCGCCAGGCUGCUGAGGCCCAGAAACAACUCAGGAAUGUUCAGGGACAACUCAAGGAUGCCCAACUGCAUCUUGAUGAGGCCGUGAGAGGACAGGAAGACAUGAAAGAGCAGGUGGCCAUGGUGGAGCGCAGAAACACUCUGAUGCAGUCAGAGAUUGAGGAGCUGAGAGCAGCUCUGGAGCAGACAGAGAGAGGUCGCAAAGUGGCUGAACAAGAGCUGGUGGAUGCCAGUGAGCGUGUUGGACUGCUGCACUCUCAGAACACAAGCCUCCUGAACACCAAGAAGAAACUUGAGGCUGACCUUGUUCAGAUCCAGGGUGAAGUCGAUGACACUGUGCAGGAAGCAAGAAAUGCAGAGGAGAAGGCCAAGAAGGCCAUCACUGACGCUGCAAUGAUGGCAGAAGAGCUCAAAAAGGAGCAGGACACCAGUGCUCACCUGGAGAGGAUGAAGAAGAAUCUGGAGGUCACUGUUAAGGAUCUGCAGCACCGUCUGGAUGAGGCUGAGAAUCUGGCCAUGAAGGGAGGAAAGAAACAACUCCAGAAACUGGAGUCCAGAGUCCGUGAGCUUGAAGCUGAGGUUGAGGCAGAACAGAGACGUGGAGUUGAUGCUGUUAAAGGUGUCCGCAAAUACGAGAGGAGAGUGAAGGAGCUCACCUACCAGACUGAGGAGGAUAAGAAGAACCUCAACAGACUGCAGGAUCUGGUUGACAAGCUUCAGCUGAAGGUCAAGGCUUACAAGAGACAGGCUGAAGAAGCUGAGGAACAAGCUAACACUCACCUGUCCAAAUUGAGGAAGGUGCAGCAUGAGCUGGAGGAGGCAGAGGAACGUGCUGAUAUUGCCGAGUCUCAAGUUAACAAACUAAGAGCCAAGAGCCGCGAUGCUGGAAAGGGUAAAGAGGCAGCUGAGUGACAAACACCACCCACAAUUUACUCUACAUCUCUGAAACUCUGAGAAAUAAUGC